GCUAACCAAUUUCUAGGGUUUUAGAGCUUCAAAACAGAGGGUGAGCAAAGCGGCGCUAACAAAAUGGUGAAGUUUCUCAAGCCCAACAAAGCCGUCAUCGUCCUCAACGGCCGUUUCGCCGGCCGGAAAGCCGUGAUCAUCCGCGCCUUCGACGAAGGCACUCGUGACCGCCCCUACGGCCACUGCCUCGUCGCCGGCAUCUCAAAGUACCCGAAGAAGGUCAUCCGCAAGGACUCCGCGAAAAAGACGGCGAAAAAGUCGCGCGUGAAGGCGUUCAUCAAGCUGGUGAACUACAACCACAUCAUGCCGACGAGGUACACUCUGGACGUGGAUCUGAAGGAUGUGGUGACGGCGGAUUGUCUUCAGUCGAGGGAUAAGAAGGUGACGGCGGCCAAGGCCACCAAGGCGAAGCUCGAGGAGAGGUUCAAGACCGGGAAAAACCGCUGGUUCUUUACGAAGCUUAGGUUUUAAAUUUCAAUUUGUGUUGGAUUAUAAGUUUUAUUGGAUGAUGACGUGUAAUGUUUUGGAUUCAAAUGUUGCUGGAGUUUCGGAUUCGUGAUAUGCUAAUUUAGAUAUGUUUUUGAUUA